AUGACUUCCUUCAAAUUGAAAAGCACAGGCAUAGCGGCCUCUGUGUUCCUCGCAGUGUACGCCAUCUAUUUCGGAUUUGCAACAUGGGUGGUCUGGAAAAAAGGCUUCAGAACCAUGUUCACUGCCUUGUGGGUCUUUGCUAUUCUCAGAGUUGCAGGCCAGGCCUGUGGUGUGGCCUAUGCUUCUCUAGGCUUAUCGCACUAUCAAUUGCUUAUCGCAUAUAUGGUACUUGGCGCACAGGGCUUUUUGGCCUUGAUUUAUGCGUCUUUGCGCGCGGUGAUGCAUGAGCAAAGAUUGAAGUACGGAAAGUCCUGGUUCGACACCUAUCCUAUCUUGGGGCGCUUGGGCCCGGUCCUCAAACGGUUCCACAUCUACUUCUUCCAGACCUGUUUUUCGGUCACUCACUGCAUUUUGGCAGCAGGCUCGAUCGUUUUUAUUGUGGGAGGCGCCGAAAUGGCAGGAAUCGAUGUCACCAACCCAUCCACCUAUUCCGACUACCGCACAUCCAGAAACCUUCGUAUUGCCGGCGCUCUGUUGUACUUGGUGGGUAUGAUAAUUCUGGUAGCUUUGGCAAUACGGGCAUACACCCAUGAAAAAGUCAAGACGUUGUCGAUGAAAUACAUUUUGUUGGCUGUCCCCUUUUUUUUGAUCCACAUAGUGUACAACUUCCUCGCUAUUUUUGUGUCCAGAAUGGACUUGUUCCGCAUUUCAAACUACGGAUUUGGCGGAGGAAACUCAUCUCUCGUGGUUUCUGAAAGCAUCAUGUCCACUGCUAUGGAUGUCUUCAUUUGCGUGUUUCUUACGGCUGCAUUCUUGAAUACUGUUCACGACGCAAAGCAUUUGCAGAGUCAGCCAUAUGAGACUACAUCAGAGAAAACCUCUGUUUAA